AGGAGGAAGAAAGUGUAAGGUUUGAGGCUGUGGCUACUUCCUGCCAUGUUCAUUUCCUAAUCGCUCUCAGCCAAGAACAGAACAUUUCUGUUCAGUGUGUGUGUUUAUAUUCAGCGAGGAAAUGUUUCUGUUAACGUCCACACUGAUAUUCAUCUCUGCAGUAACAGAGUGUUACGCCGUGCAGACGCUGAAAUGUGAAUACACACCCGAGAAUAAAGGACUGCAGAGAGUUUGGUGUAAACAAGAUGCAAACAAUCACAGCUGCUGCACAGGUUUCUCCUUCAGUUCGCAAAUGGACAACGAUCAACUGAGCGUGACUGAGCAUGGUGGCUUCUUUACCGUCUCUGUGAAGAGUCUGCCUCAGGGUGAUGGGGUUUACUGGUGUGGACUCGUGAAAAGCCCAAACGUCAUCAUCAAGCUGAACGAGCAGAGGAUAUAUAAUUCGAUGGAUUUUGUCUGGAGCGUCAUGCGCUGGCUGUUCUUAGCAGGACUCCUUGUAGCUGUAAUUUCUACUCAUGUGUGCUGCAGAGGGACCAAAGAAAAGGAGUGAUGCAUGCAGUAGGAAACUGUACAGAAGGAAAACAGAAGACUUUUAAUGCAGAGAUGUUGUUAGGACUAACAAUCUAUUACAAUAUUUAACUUAUACUUUGUGCAUAAAGUUUAAAAAUGUAUAUGUGAAUGUGCUUGUGGAUGUGUGUGUACCUUUAGGAUUGGAGAUCGUUAUCUCAGAUUAUGACUCUCAGAUUAGCCAAUGUGAAUCUCCAGGGAUUAUCCGAUACGAUAUUAUUAUGAUGCGAUUCUGUGAAUAUCACGAUUUUAUUUUAAAACAAUUUUUUUUUUUACAAUUUUAAGAUCUAUAACAUAGUCAUAACUCAAAGGUUUUAUAUUUCACCUUCUGUUCAAUGACUUUUCAAAUUACUUUUACACGAGUAAUUAUAUGUAGCCUGUUCUAUUAAAAAACCAAGCGCAGCAUUUAAACAAUAGACACUUCAAAGACAAGAGUGUAACAUUUAACUUCAAACAGAAUAAAACAAAAAAGCUACAUUGUUACUGAGCAGCGCAUGUCUCUGUCAUCUGCUUAUUAGAUAUAUUUCUAAACCAACUUAUCAAAUAUUUAACUCUGAUCACGAACAUAGUGGGAAUGGUUCAGAGUGCGCCACCUGUAGGAUUACAAAGAAACAGCAAUGUUUUAAAGCCUUAAACGCCUUUAAAGUGUUAAAACUCUUGACAGUGAGAAUGUUGGUUAAGUAGCAGUGGGGCUUCGAGCGCACACGAUUUUCCACACUAAUAAGCGCCAGUGGUGCUUUGGGCCUGGUGUAAUAAGCGUGUGCAAUGAGUGGAUGUUGAGAUUAAUUCGCUCAUUAACUCAUGUUUGAAGAAAAAGGCAGAUCCGUUUAAAAAAAAAAAUGUGUUUCUGUUGCAACGCUCGGUUGAUAAUGAGGCCGAUGGGGUGAUUCUCAUUCAUGGCUGAUUAAACUAAAAAAAAUGGAUAAUUCAGGUCACUGGAUGAUCGACCAAUGCAUCUGUAGUACAAAUCUAUUUUGCAGUCUGUAUGAAGGCGAUAUAUGAAGGAAGAAUUCAGAUUCAUUACAUAAUCUAUUUUUUCCCUCCCAUAUCUGGUAGUUAGCUCGGUCACGGAUGGAGGAAUGGAUGGAUGGAUGGAUGGAUGGAUGGAUGGAUGGAGGGAUGGAUGGAUGGAGGGAUGGAGGAAUGCAUGGAUGGAUGUUCUUAGCUGGAAAGAACAGAAUGCAUUGCGGUCUUUUGUAGCCCGUAUCAUGUACUUUAAAGUUUUACAUAAAGUGCUCAGAAAUGCUUUUCUGCCCAUCAUUGUUGUAAAAAAAUUGGUUAUACUGUAGCUUCCCUGUCAGCUCUGGCACGGUAUACUCAUAGACAGAUAUAUAGUAAGAAGCCACAAGCUUCCUGUAACUGGUUAGAAACACUGACGCUUGCAUGAAAUGUUAAAAAAAGUAGAAAUGUUCCAGUCCUGAAUGCCGAGUCUCGCUUUCACACAAAACCGAAUCAGCUUUCAGAUCUGAUCGAAAAAUCUAAUCAUCAAGCCAAUGGGUUUUUUUUCCCCACUUUAUAAAGUGUAUAAUGUGCUUUUGAGUAAACAUACUGUAAGUAGACAUUGUUUAUGGAGAGUAACGAAGGAAAAAAUCAGCAACUGGUGGUGUUCAGGAUGAAUAAAUGUGUUUCGUGGAAUGUAAAUCUGUUUAUUUCAAUUAAAAAUGAUGAAAAAUAA